AUGGCGACGUCGCUGCUGACGAAGGACACGGUAAUCAAGGUCAGCUCGACGCUCGACAAGUCCGUGGGCAAGAAGAAUCUUAUCGAUGGCAGUCCGGAGACGUGUUGGACAUCUCAGCAGGGCCUUCCCCAGUAUGUCCAGGUGGUCUUUGAUCGCCCGGCGAAACCAGAGACCAUAUCCCUCACCUUCCAAGGCGGCUUCGUGGGGAAAACUUGCAUCGUGUCCGUCACGCAAGGAGGGUCUAGCGACUGGCAGGAGAUGACACGCAUCUACCCUGAAGACGUCAAUCGGCAGCAGACCUUCCCCCUCUCCACCGAUCUCGACUUGUCCCAAGGUGCCGAAAGGCUGAGGCUAACCUUCGAUGAAAGCACCGACUUCUUCGGCCGCAUCACUAUCUACGACCUCAAGAUACUAGGCUCCUUCGUGGCCGCCUAA